AUGCAUCUGGAUUUCCUCAGCAUCUUCGUUAUCUAUCUUCAUAACGCUUGUUUCUGGGAGUGCUCCUGUCGAGCGUCUGACUUCAACCUUGAUGGUGACUAUCUGAUCGGAGGUCUGUUUCCUGUGCACUAUGCAGGACACUCAGGCCAGCAAAGAAGACCUGUUGCUAUCAACUGUGAUGAAAAGCCAUUCUUCCUGACUGGCUAUCAUUUGCUUCAGGUCAUGAGGUUUGCGGUUGAGGAGAUCAACAACUUGACUUCCCUCUUGCCAAACGUCUCCCUUGGUUACCAGCUCUUUGAUCACUGCUCCAGCACCUACAACGUCCCCUCCAGCCUACAGUUCUUCUCCUCCCACAAAGACUCCAUCAAAGUCUGGGAGGACUACAACUGCUACCUGCCUAAAGUCAUCGGCUUCACCGGCCCCUUAUCCAGCUCGCAGAGUGAAUCCCUUGCUCCAAUCUUCAUGAUGGACCUCAUCCCAAUGAUCAGUUAUGGAGCCUCCAGUAGCAUUUUCAGUGACAAAAAACUGUAUCCUUCAUUCCUACGGACUGUACCAAGUAACAAAGAUCAAAUUGAACUUAUCAUUCGGAUCAUAAAGCAUUUUGGCUGGAACUGGGUGGCUUUCAUUGGCAUGACAUCCACUUACAGCCAGGAUGGUUUUCAGCUAUUUUAUGACCUGAUUCAAAAUGCAGGCAUCUGUCUGGCUUACAACGAGCUUCUGACUGACACAUCACAAUUAAGCACAACAUUUAAAACUAUAGAUAUGCUCAACAUUAAAGUCAUAGUCCUUUUUGUUGGUGAGCUAAAGGCCAUGGAGGUCAUCCGUUUGGCAAUACAACAUCAAUUUCGAAACAAAGUCUGGAUCGCUGGAGAGGCCUGGUCCAUGUACCAGCCUCUGACCAAACAGAAGGGGAUUGAGACCAUUGGCACGAUCAUUGGAGUGACACCGCGUGUUGCUAACCUCCCCGGCUUCAGCAACUUCAUCCAUCGUUCGAGAAUGGGAGGCAACUGCACGUCUUGCCACAGUGGGGCAGACCUAUCAGAUGAAGCUGUUUGCAAUCAGGACUGUGAGGCUUGUUCUUCACCGAGUGCUGAGGACAUUAUCAAUGAGGGCAAUGCUUACUCCUUCUCAGUGUAUUCAGCUGUAUACGUCAUGGCGAUGGCUUUACACAAUGCUCUACAGUGCAACCACUCAGGAUGCAACACAAGUCGCACAGUCUAUCCCUACACGAUUCUUCGUGAGAUCAGAUGCUUACCUAUGUUCUCCUUGAACCAAAUGAAUGUGCACUUUGAUGAGAAUGGCGACCCGCCAGCACAUUACUCAGUCCUCUUCUGGAACACUGCUGACCACCCAGUAAAGAUCCAGCCGAUUGGCACAUAUGACAACCAACCGGUGAACCUCUCUAUUGAUGACAGGCUGGUCCACUGGCAUGGGGAUGGCUUGGUGCCAUUCUCCAACUGCUCUGCUGAGUGUAAGCCAGGAUAUGUUCGGCAGCAGGAAGGCCAACAUCAAUGCUGUUUCACUUGUCUGGAAUGCCCCAGUAACCAGUAUGCCAACCACACAGCUGACCUCUACUCCUGUCUGACCUGUGGAACGUAUGAGUGGUCCGAUGCUGGAAGCACGUCUUGCCAGAAACGUUCCGUGGAAUUCCUCUACUUCUCCGACGUCACCUCCAUUCUGAUCCUGCUCUCCACAUCGUUCCUCAUGCUCCUGUGUGUGGGGGUGGCCGUGCUGUUUGCCGUGCACCGCUCCACGCCUGUAGUGCGGUCAGCAGGGGGCAGUAUGUGCUUCCUGAUGCUGGGCUGCCUGGCCGCCGCCUCCAUCAGCAUCUUCUUCUACUUCGGCGAGCCCUCAGCUUUUACCUGUGUGUUCAGAAACACACCCUUUAACUUCUUCUACACCGUGUGCUUGUCCUGCCUGUUCGUCCGCUCCUUACAGAUCAUCGUCAUCUUCAAAAUGGCCUCCCACCUGCCCAAAGCGCACGCACUGUGGGUGAAAUACAGUGGGCAUUGGCUGUCGGUGGCUGGGGUGUCGUUUGUCCAGCUCAUCCUGUGUGGAAUCACAAUUGCAGUCGCUGGUCCCAUACCAGAGUAUGACAUACUGUCCUUCAAAGAUCAGGUGGUGCUUAUAUGCUCCUCGAAAAGUUUUGUUCCUCUAGGUUUUGCUGUAGCCCUCAUGUGUAGUGUCAGUGGCGUAUGUUUCCUCUUAGCCUACAUGGGAAAAGACCUGCCGAAGAACUACAACGAGGCCAAAGCCAUCAGUUUCUGCAUACUGAUGUCUUUUCUGAGCUGGACUGUCUUUGUCCAAGCUUUUAUGUUGUCCCGCACAAAGUAUGUACAGCUGAUUAGAGCUGUAGUUGAGCUCAGCUGUUUGUAUGGCAUCAUGUUCAGUUACUUCAUCCCAAAAACCUUCAUCAUUGUUUUUCAGCCUGGAAAGAACACACAGGAGUAUUUCCAAGCCAGCAUUCAGAGUUACACACAAACUAUUAGUAGAAUGUAG